AUGUCCCAAGGCGACGCGCCUCUGAUGCGGAAUGGACAGCACGAUACGCCAGUGUCGGUCCCUGACGAUGCAUGGGACGAUGCUGCAUUUUCGCAGCGCUUCCAGUUCCAGCCGUACGAACCGGUACAGACGUCGGAGGUGGAUUCAGACGAGCAUGACUUGCCCAGUCCAGUCUCGCAGCCAGGCUUUCAGCAGCGCACGCAGCGCGGUGUGCACAUGUACGACCGCGUUGGCUUUGUCGGCAUGAUCCCAGUUAUUCUGCUGUAUAUUGUGCACCAGCUGCUGAUUCGCUGGAAAGGGGUGCUCGCCGUCAGCUGCAUUGGCUCUUUGAGCGCCGUGUUUCUAUUUAAUGUCGGGCGCCCCGAGUGGCGCGAGACAGCGUACUAUCGGGUGAACCCCAACGUCAAGGUGCCGCGCGAUGCUGCGGGCAUGCCGAUCAGUGUGCGCCCUUCGCACCCCAUUAUUCCCCCUCAUAUGAACCAGUGCCCAGGGCCCCACAAUAUCUCUGUGCCGUUCAGCCCGCUGGACGCGCACCCAACACCCAAGUCGCACCCCCUGGCGAUUGUCGGCGAUCACCAGCUUGUUGGCCUCGAUCCGGGCCAGUGCAUCACCUACCGCGAGCGCUAUGGGAUGUAUACGGACGAGGCGCUCAACAUUACGUAUAGACUCCCAGAGCAGCUGCUGCCCGACAGCGACCGCGCCUUUGUGUACGAUGAUGAUCCCGACAAUCCGCUGCCCAUCGGCAAGCGCCCUGCACGCAUCCAGUCGACCGAAGAGGUGCGUGCGCGGAUCGGAUACGACCCGUUGCACGGGCUCCAACGCGAUCCUGCAGUGUCAACCUCGAUGUGGGAAGCCGCCUUGCGCUACAAUCUCACCGUGGCCAACAUGCGCGAUGAUGACGAUCUGUUCGUGCCAGACUGGCGUGCCCUUAUGGACGGCUGUUACCGCCAGCGUCUCGAGGAGCGUGGCUGGAACGAGACGGCGAUAGAGCGCGAGAUGCGUGCCCGGCCAUUCGAUCCGUCGCGUCCUGCGCUUAGCCGCGAAAAUGCACAGAUGCUAUACCACACCACUCCCGGCACGAAGCGCACCGUGGUCGUAAUGCGGAGCUACCAGGGCUAUCCGUGGCGCGAAGACGACAUUCUGAACUUGCGUGCGAUGAUCAGCGAGCUUACCCUGAACAAUCCCAACACGCCGUACGACGUGCGCAUCCUUGUUGAGGUCAAGGACCACUCGCUCUCUGUUUUUUCUUCCGAGUGGGACCGAUACAGGGUGUUGAUCGAAAGCGUUCCCCGCGAGUUUUGGGGCUUGGUCGAUUUCUGGAGCGAAAAAGAGCUCGAGGUGCUGUAUGCGGGCCUCCCGGGCAAGUUUAUCAACAACAUGGUCGCCACCACCUCGUACCGCUCCUGCCUCAUGGCGCUGCAAAAAUUCUGGCUCGACCACCAAGAGUACGACUUUAUCUACAACUGGGAGAUGGACGUGCGCUACAUUGGCAAUUAUCUCGACUACUUUGAAGGCAUUGAGGAGUACGCGAGGCGUGAGCCGCUGCUCCCGGGCAUGAACAAGUACGACACUUGGUACAUUCCCAACGUCACCGAGUCGGAGCAAAACUGGCGCAGCGAGCAGGAGCAGAACAACUUUGUGGGCCAGGAGGCCGAUAUGAUCACGCUCGGGCCUAUUUUCGAUCCGCGCGGCUCGGGAUGGUAUUGGACGCACGAUGUGCAAAACUAUCCCAAAGGACGCGACACGGAUCGUCGCGCGUCGAUCGGGACAAAUAUGCGCAUGUCGCGCGCCUUGAUGGAGGCGAUGAACGUCGUGAAUGCCGAGGCGAAAAAGUCGCUCCAUUGCGAGGCGUGGCCAACGACCCUGGUGCUCCAUUCCCAGAUGGAGAGCUCGGAUAGCCAGUCGUUUUACCCCACCGCGGGAUUCACGUAUACGCUGCCGCUCCCGUUCAAAGGCGUGUUUGCGCCGCAUCCUAUUUACUUCCGGCACGAAUGGGACGUGGAUGAGCUGUACAAGCUGCUGAACAGGCCCAACUUUUACGAAAAGAAGAACGAGAACCUGCACAAGGACUCUUCCUUUUACUACCAUGCACAGCAUGCCAAGGAGCUGUACACGGGCUGGAAGGCCAGCGAGGAUGGAUGCCGCGCGCCGUCGAUGCUGCAUCCAAUCAAGCGUGUGGACUAUGUACAUUAA